GAAAGCCGCGCAGAGAUGUCGAGCCGCAGGCUGCAGACCCGUGACUUGUCAUUGGGACUGCUCAUGCGCCUCGCACGCGUGAGGAAGCUGCGGGAGGAGUUUAGCCAUUCAAGGGGGCGCGGCACUGCUGUUCGUUCUUCACAGCCCCCUGCAGCAGCCAUGGCGAAAGGCCGAGUCGCCGAGCGAACGCAGACGGGGGCGUUGCACUCGACCCCGGCGGGGCACCGGGCAACGGGAACGCGCGGUUCCGCCUCGCCAGGCAACAGAGACCACCUGAAGGACAAACCUUGUGCAGAAGCUGGGUCAGCAAGAAUGUCACUCCUUAUACUGGUGUCCAUUUUCUUAUGUGCAGCUUUUGUUAUGUUUUUGGUGUAUAAAAAUUUUCCUCAGCUUAGUGAAGAAGAAAGAGUGAAUAUGAAGGUUCCAAGAGAUAUGGAUGAUGCCAAAGCUCUAGGAAAAGUUCUCUCCAAAUAUAAGGACACCUUUUAUGUACAAGUAUUGGUCGCUUAUUUUGCUACAUAUAUUUUUUUGCAAACAUUUGCUAUUCCAGGUUCCAUAUUUCUCAGUAUACUCUCGGGGUUUCUUUAUCCCUUUCCACUAGCCUUAUUCCUUGUUUGUUUGUGUUCUGGACUUGGUGCCUCAUUCUGCUACAUGCUGUCCUAUUUAGUUGGAAGACCUGUUGUAUACAAAUACCUAACAGAGAAAGCAGUAAAAUGGUCACAGCAGGUAGAACGUCAUAGAGAACAUCUCAUUAACUACAUUAUAUUUUUGAGGAUCACACCAUUUCUGCCUAAUUGGUUUAUUAAUAUUACGUCUCCUGUGAUAAAUGUGCCAUUGAAAGUGUUUUUUAUUGGCACUUUUCUAGGUGUUGCACCUCCCUCUUUUGUAGCAAUUAAGGCAGGAACAACUCUGUAUCAGCUUACUACAGCAGGAGAAGCUGUUUCCUGGAACUCAGUAUUUAUUCUAAUGAUUUUGGCUCUUCUUUCUAUUCUGCCAGCCAUCUUCCAAAAAAAACUAAAACAGAAAUUUGAGUAAAAAUCAUGAGUUUUUGUUUACCACUACCAUCACUACCGUCAUCAUCAUCUCAGGAUUAGCAGG